CGCCGCCACCGUCGUCUCCCGCUCGCCCAGUCCCAUCUGCCUUCUCGACGCCUUUACACGCAACAGAUAUUACAAGAUGAGUCGCGUUGGCCGAGGACGACGCACCCGCGUUUACGAUUGCAACUAUAACAAAGGAGAAAGCUAUUACCGCCCGGUUUUGGACCGACUCGACGGGAAGACGCCGGUAGUUCGUGAACCAGAGAACGAUCGGGUCAAGAAUGGCGUCGGUGAACGGUUCCGCGGUCUCCUAGAUGAAGUAGAUGCUACAAAAGAUGAGCUUUUCGACUCAAGAGGUGCACGUGCAUCAAGGGGAAAACCGUUGUCAUCUGCUUUUGACGAUGAAGAUUUUAAUGACGAUAUCACAGAGUCACUGAAACGUCUACGUGCCAAAAAAGCUUCGCGAAUCAAUGAAGACAUCGACUUUGAGAACAGCGUUGCUAACCUCGAGAACAGAAUAAAGAUUUCUGAUAAGAUCCUCGAAAGUGUGGGUAUUGGCAGCACUGAAAUCAGUGGCGCCCGAAGAGCUUUAAAAGAAAAUGAGGAACGCACAGAAAAACGAAUUGCACGCAGACUAAAUGAGGAGAACCCAUUAACAAAGUGGACUGCAUUGAAGGACUUUGACGAUGAAACUGCAGCUGUUCACAGAGCGAAAGCAACAAGAGCUCGUCUUACAGAUCUAGAAGACGAGAUGACAGAGCUAAACGAGAGAAGUGCAGCCAGAGAAAAACGUGCAGCCCGCCUCCGAGCGCUAGUUGCUGACACAGAAGCCGACUCCACAGUCACAACCUCUAACGUUGCGUCCUCAAAAAUAAGCAUCCGUUCCGAACGCGAGAAGAAACAAGUCACCUUCUAGACGUUAAUAAAUCUAAUAAAACCAUUCAGAUCAAGGUCUUUAUAGACGGACUUUUAACAGUUUUAAGCUCGUACCCUACUUGAUGGCUGAUGUAAUUCACGACAGUUCGAAUUACUUAAUGCAUAGAUUAUAAAUUGCAUCGACGUACGGUACUGUACCUAGUCAUUCCGUCUAUAUUGUUCCCUAAUCUGAGUAAGUGUGCCCCAAACUCAUAAUGUAUACAACUGCGCUUGGGUAUAGAUAAAUUAUUACUAGUCUGUGUAAUCCUGCAUUUGUCAAUUAUAGCACGUUCUAGUCAGUGUUUCUUUUGUAUUUAUCGUAUAGAAUAAAACAUUCUGUAUUUCCCUUGUUUUAUUUAAGUCUUUGAUAAAUAAAGCAUUUAUGAAAUC